AUGGAGGUGGUCUCCGGAGAGCGCUCAACAGGGGAAGGCACAAAAGCCAUGGUCGCAGGUAGCGUAGAAGUGGCGGCUUGGAGUGGAGGUGAACGUAAAAUAAAUGUUCCUUCCUGUUUCGUUCAAUCGGCGAGCGACUUCAACACAGAAACUGUGAAGGCACGGUUGUCGAAGUUUUCUCAAGCUGAUGGACAUUUACCAAAAGGCACAUUUGUGGUUUGCAAAGCAGACUUGUUUCGUGACGACUGUGCAUUAUGGAGGGUGGACAACCAAAACAUGAUUCAAAAGUACCCGCCAAGGAUUGAUCCCGCUACCAGGGACAUAUCUUACAGGAACAGCAGCACAUAUUCUGGUUGGUGUGACCAAGUGGCAUUCGGAUAUUAUCGCAUUGCAAUAAAACAUCUCAAGCAGACGCGUUCUGAAGCUAUAAUCCAGCCAGAGAUUCCUAUCACUGAUCUUUUUCCUGCAAUGUCCUUCGAAUAUAAGGACGCUAGCGGCUCUGUUAGAGGCGAAGAGUUGGUAGUAUCGCACCUCUUGAAGACCUUCGGAUCCUGUGAUGAAGAACGCGCCCCUACAAGGAAGGAGCAGAAGUUGAUAGAUAGUUUCUCCUCUAUCUUGCGGAAUGCGACUCACGAAGACCUCGAUAUUGAGUGCGAAGAAGACUGCGUGAUUGAGGACGAGGAGGCCGAUCCACUGUGGGAGCCCGAUGAUGAAGAGGAAACAGCAAGCACAUCUAAAGGGCCGUUGAUGUUUGGUAAUGUAGAAGUCUCCAAAGAACAGGUGGAGAGCGCUAUCAGAUUCUAUCGGUCAAGCGCAAAGGGAUGCCGUUCGCUGUCGUGCAUGAGUUCCAAUUUCCGUUUCAUCCGUAGCGAGUACCAUCUAAUGAGGUUGAGGCAAAUCGAAAGAGAAGGUGAGAUUCUCGAGUGUCGUUUGGCUGCUCUACGAACGCUGGCGGACGACUUGAAAGAGAAAGUUAAGUUGAAGCUAGAGCGAGGAGUGACACUCCAUGACUGCGAUAUACGCCAAAUGGCUUUGAAAAUCAACAGGGAAAGAUCGUUACUCGCAAAUUUCAAAGCAGGACACCGGAAGAGUUUUCUGGACAAAGACCGUAUUUCCGCAGACGCCAGAAACUUUGUGAGCGAAGUGAAAAAGGUCUCAUCUCAAAUGGCCACAUCGACUUGGGAUCCUUCCCUUGUUAGCCUGUUCAGCACAAGUGAGGAGACCCCGAACCAGCGCGUCGUAGUCUUCGGUCGAUUCAUCCAGGACCUGCCAGUCCUAUCGGGACAAGACGUCAUUCAGAACAUCCCCGUCGUAUACAACAUGCUUCGAGCUCUUCGCGCGACGUUGAGAGAUCUUUUCCAGCUUGUGACUGAAUCUGAUCUUAGCACGAAGAAGUCGAUGAUCGGAACCACUGCAAAAAGAUAG